CCUUUUGCACCCUGUAACGCUUUGACAAAAUGGACGCAAACAGAAAUCUCAACCUAUUAGAACCCCUUCUUCUCCCUCUCUCUCAUCACUUUCCUCCUCCAUUCUCUCUCUAUUCCAAUUCUACUACUACUUCACCUCCCCUCUCUCUCUAUCUCACACACAAUUUCUGCAUAUCUAUCACUCAAGAUCCUCCUCAGAGUGGGAGUGGACCUUGAUGUGAUCAUUGAUAAUAUUGGGGUAAAAGACCGUGUUGAUUUCGCAAAUGCUAAAUUUUUCUAGGGCCAGAAGUCAGCCAAGGGCAGCCAGAUCCAUGUCAUUAGGAGGUAUGGAUUAUGUGGAUCCAAAACGGAAGGGGAAUUUUAUCGGGAAGGUUUGUCUUGUUGCGGCAUUAACCACAUUGUGCAUUUUGGUGAUCAAGAAAUCCCCGUCCUUCACUUCUCCCAGUCCGUUUUCUGUCCAUGAACCUGGGGUCACCCAUGUUUUAGUGACGGGCGGUGCAGGCUAUAUCGGCUCACAUGCUACCUUACGACUCCUUACGGAUUCUUAUCGAGUCACCAUUGUGGAUAAUUUGUCACGUGGAAACUUGGGUGCCGUCAGGGUUCUUCAAAGCUUAUUUCCAGAACCUGGAAGGCUUCAGUUUAUACACGCUGACUUGGGAGAUGCAAAAUCUGUUGAUCAAAUAUUUUCAGAGAAUAAGUUUGAUGCUGUGAUGCACUUUGCAGCUGUUGCAUAUGUGGGAGAAAGCACACUUUACCCUCUUAAGUAUUAUCACAAUAUUACAUCAAAUACCUUGUUGGUGUUGGAGGCUAUGGCUAAAUAUAAUGUGAAGACGUUCAUAUAUUCAAGUACAUGUGCAACAUAUGGAGAACCUGACAAGAUGCCCAUUACAGAAGUAACAGAACAGAAACCGAUCAAUCCAUAUGGAAAAGCCAAGAAGAUGGCAGAAGAUAUCAUCCUUGAUUUUUCUAAAAAUUCCAAGAUGGCAGUAAUGAUUCUAAGAUACUUCAAUGUGAUUGGAUCAGACCCUGAAGGGAGAUUAGGUGAGGCCCCAAGACCCGAACUUCGGGAACAUGGUAGAAUUUCAGGUGCAUGCUUUGAUGCAGCUCGCGGCAUCACACCUGGCUUGAAGGUUACAGGAACAGAUUACAAAACACCCGACGGAACAUGCAUUCGAGAUUAUAUUGAUGUAACCGAUCUUGUUGACGCUCAUGUCAAAGCUCUUCAAAAGGCAACACCCAGUAAAGUUGGGAUCUACAAUGUUGGCACCGGAAAAGGCAGGUCAGUUAAGGAGUUUGUGAGUGCUUGUAAAAAGGCAACAGGUGUAGACAUCAAAGUAGAUUUCCUCCCGCGACGGCCCGGCGAUUACGCUGAGGUGUACAGCGACCCAACUAAGAUCCGGCUCGAACUGAAUUGGACGGCGCAACACACUGACCUUGAAAAGAGUAUACAGGUCGCAUGGAAAUGGCAGAAAUCUCGCCCUAAUGGUUAUGGAAGUUCUUAGAGGUAUAACAAGCCAUCAUUAUAUUGCUCUCAUACAUGGGAUGAUGAAUUUUUGUUCUUAGGGAGUUGGUAGUUCAUUCGUUAUACUUAUUUGUAUUCAACAUAUAAUAAUGAUUCAAUAAUAUAAUGUGCAGGCUCUGAUAUAGCUUUUCUUUC